AGCAGCCGCCAUUUUGCUCCGAGCGGAAGGAGGAAGAGCAGGAGGAAAACAUUCAACUCUUCCAGCACGAACCCGUCCUUUCUGCCAUGGAGGUCCCGGGACCGGACAGCGACUGGAGGAGUCCGCAGUUCCGGCAGAAAGUCGUCGCUCAGAUCGAGGAGGCGAUGAGGAAGGCAGGAACUGCACACACUAAGUCGAGCAACGACAUGGAAAACCAUGUUUAUGUCAAAGCCAAAUCCAGAGAGGAGUAUUUGUCUCUGGUGGCGAGGCUCAUCAUUCACUUUAGAGACAUCCAUAAGAAGACGCACGGAGGUCCAGAUCCCAUGAACGCCCUGACUAACCUGACUGGGGUCGGGGGGGGGCCCGGCGUCAUGGGGAUGGGGCCUCGGCCCUCCACCGCUCCGGUGGUGGGGAUGGGUUCCAUGGGGCCGAUGCAGAUCAGCCAGCAUCCCAUGGCGGGGGUGGCCGGAAACCCGCAAGCUAUCGGGGCUCCGGGACAGAUGCCGAUGCAGCAGAUGGUGCCGCAGUUCCAACAGUUCCAGCAGCAGAACAGCAUGCAGCAGCAGCAGCAGUUCCAGGUGCAGCAGCAGCUGAGGAUGCAGCAGCAGCAACAGCAGCAGCAACAGCAGCAGCAGCAACAACAACAACAACAACAACAACAACAGCAACAGCAGCAACACCACCAGAACCAGCAACUUCAGCAGCAGCACCAGAACCAGCAGGCACAGAACCAGCAGCAGCAGAACCAAAUGCACCAGAACAGGAUUCAGCAGCAGCAGCAGCAGCAGAUGCUGCAGCUCCAGCAGCAGCAGCUCCAGCAGCAGCAGCUCCAGCAGCAGCAUGCCCAGGCCCAGGCCCAGGCCCAGGCCCAGGCCCAAGCCCAUGCCCAUGCUCAAGCUCAAGCUCAAGCCCAAGCCCAGGCUCAAGCCCAGGCUCAAGCCCAGGCUCAAGCCCAGGCUCAAGCCCAAGCUCAAGCCCAAGCUCAAGCUCAAGCCCAAGCUCAAUCCAUCCAUCUCAUGGUGCAGCAGCAGCAGCAGCAGCAGCAGCCGCCGGGUCAGCACAACUUGCUCAAUCAGCAACUGAAGAUCCAGGCCUUGCAGCAGGCCCGUGCAACGUUGCAGCAAGCUGCAACUCAGGCGCAGCACAACGCCACAGCAGGCGCUCCAGGGCAGUUGGUCCGUCCUGUGAUGCAGAUUCCAACCCGGAUGCCUCAGAACCCCCCCACCCCCGCCGUAGGAGGACAGCCAACACAGCAGACCCAACAGCAGCCGGUGAUGUCAUCGCCUUCACCUGGGCAGGUGCAAACCCCGCUGUCGAUGCCUCCCCCCCCUCAGCCGUCACCCCAGCCCCCCCCCUCACAGCCCAACUCAGCCAGCUCCGGUCCCACUCCGUCCCCGGGGGGGUUUCAGCCCAGUCCGUCCCCUCAGCCCUCACAGAGCCCCGCCACCGCCAGGACCCCCCUCAACUACGGCGUGCCCUCACCUGGACCGCUCAACACCCCAGGGAACCCCGGCUCUGUGAUGAGUCCACCUGGAUCCACGUCUCUGGAGGACCAGCAGUACAUGGAGAAGCUCAAACAGCUGUCUAAAUACAUUGAACCUCUGCGCAGGAUGAUCAAUAAGAUCGACAAGAACGAAGACAGGAAGAAGGACCUGAGUAAGAUGAAGAGUCUGUUGAACAUCCUGACGGAUCCAAACACCAGGUGUCCCCUGAAGACGCUGCAGAAGUGUGAGAUCGCUCUGGAGAAGCUGAAGAACGACAUGGCCGUGCCCACCCCCCCGCCCCCCCAGCUGCCCAACAAGCAGCAGUACCUGUGCCAACCGCUGCUGGACGCCGUCAUGGCCAACAUCCGCUCGCCCGUCUUCAACCACUCGCUGUACCGCACCUUCGCCCCCGCCAUGACCGCCAUCCACGGACCCCCCAUCACGGGGCCCAACUUCUCCGGGAGGAAGAGGAAGCACGAGGAAGACGAGCGUCAGUCGAUCCCAAACAUCCUUCAGGGAGAAGUCGCUCGGCUCGACGUCAAGUUCCUGGUGAACCUGGACCCGUCCUACUGCAGCAACAACGGGACCGUGCACCUGGUCUGCAAGCUGGAUGAUAAGAACCUCCCCAGUGUUCCUCCUCUGCAGCUCAGCGUACCAGCAGAUUACCCGGAUCAGAGUCCUUACUGGGCCGACGAGGGGGACCAGUACGGUGCCAACGGCUUCCUGCAGACGGUCCACAGAAACAUGACGUCCAAACUCCUGCAGCUCCCCGACAAACACUCUGUGACGGAGGUUCUGAACACCUGGGCCCAGAGCGUCCGCCAGGCCUGUCUGUCUGCCGCCUGAAGCCCCGCCCCCAGGCCUGCCUGAAGCCCCGCCCCCGUCAACGCCACGGCGUCGUUCCUUAGUCCCUGAAGGCCCCAUGUUUCUAGCAGCUUGUACAUAAAAUGAACUCUUCCAAACAGGAAACGGUGCUCGUCUGUCCCGAUAUAUAUUCUGCCCCUGAAUGCAACGUGUGGUCUACUUGGUACCAGUUCAUUUCCACAGAAGAAACUAACUUUGCUUCUGCUAUCGUAAUAAACUUCAGUUCAAAUUU